CACAGGCAGACAGGCGUGUUCCUACAUCAUAUGACUCACCACAGGAACAGGAAACAACUUUCCGUUUGGGACAAGACUCAAAAGAACCGCUCGCCGAGGAUUAACUCCUCUACGGUCAAUCUUCCGUCAUUUAAACUCGCAGCCAGGAUGAGUACAGCUUGACGCGCAUGUGUAGUAGCACAUUCGCCAACGUCAUGGGCAUCAAGAAUUGCAACUCAGUGGAGGAUGAUGGCGAGCGGCGUCUGAUCAGCUCGCCGUCGUUGGACCCCCUGACCCGGAAACCCCGCAUGCAGCACUUCGUCUAUGUGCUGGCCUUCUUCUCGGCCCUGGGCGGCUUCCUCUUUGGUUACGACACCGGCGUGGUGUCAGGCGCCAUGCUGCUCCUCAGGAGGGAGAUGAACCUCAACAUGCUGUGGCAGGAGUUGGUGGUCUCCAGCACGGUGGGGGCGGCGGCCAUCACCAGCCUUAGCGGCGGCUUCUUCAAUGGGCUGCUGGGCCGUAGGAAGUGCACGCUACUGUCCAGCUUCACCUUCACCAUCGGCGGGUUCAUCAUGACGUUUGCGCCCAACAAGGAGGUGCUCCUGGUGGGCAGGAUCAUCAUCGGCCUGGGGAUUGGCGUGGCCUCCAUGACGCUCCCUGUCUACAUCGCUGAGGUGUCGCCCCCUCAUAUGCGAGGCCAGCUGGUCACAGUCAUCAUCGUCCUCGUCACUGCCGGACAGUUCAUUGCCACCGUGGUGGACGGCGCCUUCAGCUAUAUGAGCCGCGAUGGCUGGAGGUACAUGUUGGGUCUGUCGGUGGUGCCCUCCAUCUUGCAGUUUGUGGGCUUCCUCUUCCUCCCCGAAAGCCCCCGCUGGCUCCUGCAGAAGGGCAGACAACAGGAGGCCCGCCAGGUCCUAAGUCGCAUCCGAGGCUGCCAGGACGUGGACGAGGAGUUUGAUUACAUCAGGACCAGCAUCGAGGAGGAGGAGAAGGGGCUGCAGGGCCAGGGAGGGGGACUAAUCAUCCUGCGCAUUCUCAGCCAUCGGCCCACCCGCAGGGCUCUGAUUGUGGGGUGCUCCCUGCAGAUGUUCCAGCAGCUGACGGGCAUUAACACGGUCAUGUACUACAGCGCCACCAUUCUGCAGAUGUCAGGUGUGCGCGACGAGAGACGGGCCAUCUGGCUGUCGGCCCUCACCUCCGGGACCAACUUUCUGUUCACUUCCCUCAGCAUCUGGUUCGUGGACAGAGUCGGACGCAGGAAGCUGACGUUGGCCAGCCUCACGGGUACCGUUCUGAGUCUCACCGUUUUGUCAGUCGGUUUCUUGCUUGCAGCACAGUACUCUCCUGCUGUUACGUUACGGCCGCUCAACUCCCACAACUCCUCCUGUGUAUUAUAUGGCUCCUGUGGAGAUUGCAUGUUGAACCCCGCUUGUGGCUUUUGCUACCGUGAGAACAGCAGCAGUGGUGUGUUUGAGUCCACCUGCCUGCCCGUCAAUCCAAAGUCCACCGGGCACUCAGCGUGGGGACGGUGUGCCAACCUGACAGAUGCGCCAGAGGGUCCGUUUUGGGCCUACAACUUCUGCCCCACAUCUUACUCUUGGAUCGUCCUGGCGGGCCUCAUCCUCUACCUGGCUUUCUUUGCUCCAGGAAUGGGCCCCAUGCCUUGGACCAUCAACUCUGAGAUUUACCCGUUGUGGGCCCGCAGCACCGGAAACGCCUGCUCAGCCGGAGUCAACUGGAUCUUCAAUGUCCUCCUCUCACUCACCUUCCUUCACAUCGCAGAGCUCAUCACCUAUCAAGGUAUUUUCUUCGUGUACAUGGGCUUCACCGUUCUGGGCGUGGUCUUCACCUUUGGCUGCUUGCCUGAGACGCGGGGCCUGCAGCUGGAGGACAUCGAGAACCUGUUCAUGGGCCCAUUCUGUUCCUGCGGUGCCUCCUCGGACUUCAACAAUCAGAACAUCCAGUACAUCCGGGUAAAAGGCAACAAUUACCUCCCGUCCGACAACGACACUUCCGACAUAGACUAGAUCUUGGCAGCGGCAUUCUUGGCGGCGGGAUUCAUGCUUUUUUUUUGUCUGGCUUUUUUUGUUUUUGUAAAGACUGCUUCAGCUGGGAUGAAAAUCACCUGCCCUCUAGUGGCGAGGAGCAAAAAUUGAGCAAAAUUUGCACUUUUGUUUAUUUUUCUUUCUUUUUUUUUUUUUUUUUUGUGGCACCUUCCUUCUCAGGCAACUUUCCGUUGGUGGCUUUAUUUCACCUAGGUUUGACUCUCUUAUUCCCAUUCUAGCUAGACAUAGAGAGAGAGAGAGCGAGAGACAGAGAGAUACUUUGUUCAUCCACAAGGGAAAUUCACUGCUCCUGUAAUCUCCACAAUGGAACCAGCACAACAAACACAAAACUAAGCAGGCAGUCCGAAAUACUUAUAAUAUUAAAGAUAUGAAAAAUAUUAAACAUACUGUUGUAUCUAAAAAAAAAAACCUCUAAGCUGUGACCAAUAUUAAACAUCAUCUAUAAAUGUUUUCAUUAAAAUACAGAAAUACAAUAAAAGUCAUAAUUCCAGUGCAGUCAGAAUCUCCAGAGUAAGGCAAAUGUUGAUUACUCUGCAAGAUGUUGGCAGUAAAGAGUUGAGGGAGUGUGAAAUUAGCGUUUCCCUCCUAAGCUUUGCUUCAGAUGGUUCUAUGCAGUGGAUGCUGUGCAUUGUUGGCUGAUGUUUGUUUAGCGUCCUCCUUUCUGCCACGUCAGGCUGACCAACUCUGCCCACGACACAGCACGCCUUCCUCCUCAGAAGCGUUCCCUUUUCCUCAUUCAAGGUUUAUAGUGUUGUGGUCUGUUUUCCCUAGUGCAGAUUGCAGACAGUGAGAUUGCACUUUAUGCAUCCUUGACAUUUGCAUUCAGUAAAUCAAUCUUCCCAUUACCCCUGGUUUUACAGUUUACAUACUGGUGAAAAGCUGGUAGUUUCUUGUCUAGAGUGGUGUGAUUAGAUUCGCCUGAUAUUAAAACCAAUGCCUCAGGGUGCUAUGUUAACAAAAAAUAUAUAUAUAUAUUUGACAAGCACCAUGGGAUUACGGUUCUUUGCCUAGUGAUGGUGACUCAUAGUCCUCAACCUUUAGGUAACAAAACAGGGCAAUUGUGUCCUUGAAGCUGCAGAACUAUUACUUUAUUACUAUGACUUUAUUACUGGUACACUCCAUCAACAUAGCACGAGUACUGUACGUAUUUGACCAAUGGUCUCUUUUAUUUUAGCCAGAUUUCUGAAAAAUGUUUGAAGACGGCGGUAGUGUUUCAGGUUAAGGUUUCAAACUCAGUUUAUGGUUUCCAGUUUUGGUUUGAAGCCAUAUUAGGGUUUCAGUAAGUUUUAGAUAACCAAACAUGCUAUUACUAUUAGCAUGACUUUAUUACUGGCACACUCUGUCGACAUGGCAAGAGGACUGUAUGUUUUUGGACCAAUGUGUAAAUAUUUUAACGUUUCCACGAGCAGUUCAGUUCACUGCGGUAUGAGUGGGAAGACCAAGCAAUAGUCUGCUUUUGAGAGAAUUGAUUUGGAGACAAAGGGAACGGAAAAUAAGUUAUGCUUGCGCCCCUGUGGUACUCUUCCGACGGAAGAGUGCCGUACCUAACUGAACUGUACUCCCCAGUAGAAACUGGGCUUUUUGUUUUGUUUUGAAACACAUUCCUGGGACAUAUUUUGGUGCUUUGUGGUGCACUUUAUGAAGCCAUUUCAUUUUAUUUUACUGCUUUAAUUGACACACUAAAAGUCGCUGAAAUGUUUUUAGAAAAGUCUGGAAUUCAGCCCAGUGGACCACGGCACGGUGGGCUUGGAAAAUGGCAUAGCCGUUAUCACUGUAAGUAAAAAAUAAAAAAAAGCACAAUGUUGUAUAGUAUUGAAACACCUUGGCGCAAAGGUAGAACCAGAUUUAAUUCCUUGCUUUUGCCGCUUUUCUAAAAUGUAUCUUCUUUAUUUUCACAGCUGAAAUGAAAAACUUUGUGUACUGAGCACCUUUUUUCCACACUGCCUUCACUUUGCAUGGGCAGAUAGAAGAGCGCCUGUAGCGUCCACAGUCUGACUUAUGAGACGAGAUGUUAUGUUGGGGGUUGGCAAACUAUUCUGCUCAAAAGCCACAUUUUUUUUAAGCGGAACAGGUGAGCCAGGUCAUUCAUAGACCUAUGAAUUGGAAAUGGACCUGGCUCACUAUUUACAUACAAAUGUGUAUGUAAAUAGCUUAUUCUAAUUAUAAAGUAUUCAUUUAUUAGUGUUUUUUGUUUAGCGUUAAUUUGAUUAUAAUUUACCGUUUUUUUUUAUGAGAAAUUAAAAAAUUAAGAAUACAUCCAUUUUAAUAAACCCAUUUUUGGGGGGACACGGUUAAAUUAAUACAACUAAUAUUACAAGAUUCUUGAGAAUGUCAUUUAUUAAAGAAUUGAGCUGGCCAUAUGUGGCCCACCAGGCAUAGUUUGCACACUCCUGUGAUAAAGGCAGUCCUUUUUCUUUAAAUUGUCAAGACCGCAGCGGCAUGCAAAUGUCUUUGAUUUUUUUGAUCAUAUUUGUCAUUGUACCUUCUCAUUUAAUUGUCAUGAAAGAGAUGGAUGAAUUAUGUAUGCACUAUUUACACCUUAAAUGAUAAAAUAAUAAUUCCUUAAAUGAUAUUGGUAGUGUAGUGGCUCAUGUAGCAGAGGCCUGAGCUCAAUUAGGAAAAAUGGAUAGGGGCUGGUCUAAGACCUUUGCAAAGUCGUAUGUGGUAUAGUCAUAGAUUUAUUCUAGGAUUUCAUUUUUAAUAAAGUAAUAUUUAUGUACAUUGUUGGUGCCCAAUAAAAAGCACCAAAUUUUGUGGCGUUAACCCCAGGGGAGAGUGACAAUAAAAGUCACAAAGUGUAAAGUGUUCUUCGUUGGACAGUGACAGAACUAUUUUAUUUCAAAUAUAGUCACACAGUUUAUUAUGUUGUUGAAUUGUUAAUGUUAAGUUUUGUUUUUGGAGAUGUUAAAGUUUGAAAAACAAAAUUCAUGUUUUUAUUACAUGUACAAUUUGUAACUUCUUGUUUCUGAAAGGAAUUAAAAUAAUUUAAGAUCUU